UAACACAUGCCUCUUAACGUCGACUUACAACAUUCUGGAUUCAUGGUGCUCUGAGUGCGGUUUGAGGCACUCCCUGUGCUCAAACAUACAAUAAACACACAGGACACUUCAGGAGAGCUGCUCCAAGUCCCGACAUGCCGAACUCCACAUCCGGUGAUCCCGGUUUGACGGUUUCGGAUCCGCAGCACUCCCAGAAGCUCCUCGCCGUCCUCCGGACCUUCUGGCAGGAGCAAAGCUUCCACGACGCGCUGCUGGUGGUGGAUGGAGAGGAGCUCCCGGUGCAGAAGAACAUCCUGGCGGCAGCCAGCCCCUACAUCAGAACCAAGCUGAACUACAAUCCUCCUAAAGAAGAUGGGUCAACCUACAGAAUUGAACUGCAGGGAGUCUCCAUGGCCAUCAUGAAGCAGAUCCUGGACUACAUCUUCAGCGGGGAGAUCCGCCUGAGCGAGGAAACCAUCCAGGACAUGGUGCAGGCGUCCGACCUGCUCCUCAUGACCGACCUGAAGUCGCUCUGCUGCCAGUUCUUGGAGAGCUGCAUCACGGCGGAGAACUGCAUCGGCAUCCGCCUCUUCUCGCUGCAUUACUGCCUGCUGCACGUCCACCACAUCGCCACGGAGUUCCUGCAGACUCACUUCCGCGACGUGGCGCUCACCGAGGAGUUCCGGGAGCUGCCCCACGACCGGCUGUGCGAGCUGCUGAGCAUGGAGAAGCUCAACGUGGGCAACGAGAAGCACGUGCUGGAGGCUGCGGUGCGGUGGUUCAGCAACGACCCGGACAACCGCAGGUGUCACAUGAAGGAAGUGAUAUCGGCCGUGUGGACGCAGGGCCUGGACCAGAGCUACCUGAGAGACCAGACCAUGGGAGAGCCGCUGAUGAGGGAGGUGAUCAGGGAGUUCUGCUACAAGGUUCUGACGGAGGAGCCGCCGCAGGGCGAGGCCAUGCUGACCGCCUUCAAACCCCGAGGUUACUCUGAGUGUAUCGUCCUUGCAGGAGGAGAAGAUCGGAGAACCAAGAAGCCGACGGCUGAGACCCGCUGCAUGUGCCCGCUGUACGACACCAACAGGCAGAAGUGGAUCGUUCUGGAGCCGAUGAGCACGGCCCGACUCGGCCACGGCGUGGUCGCCGCCGAGGGGUUCCUCUUCGUGUUGGGGGGUAUGGAUGAAAACAACACGGUCCUGGACACUGGAGAGAAAUACGACCCUGACUCCAACUCCUGGAGCCCCAUCCCUCCCAUGAUGCAGCCACGGCAGAACUUCGGCGCGGUAGAGUUAGACGGGCUGAUCUACGUCCUGGGAGGGGAAACCGAAGACACAGCGCUGACCACGGUGGAGGUGUUCGACCCCCAUUUCAGCACCUGGAAGAUGCAGACGAGCAUGACGAUGGUCCGGAAGGUGGGCUGCUAUGCCUCCAUGAACAAGAAGAUCUACGCCAUCGGCGGGGGCUCCUACGGGAAACUCUUCGACUCCGUUGAAAGCUUUGACCCAAAAACCCAACAGUGGACGGGCCUGUGUCCCCUGAAGGAGCGACGGUUCGGUUCUGUGGCCUGCGGUGUCGGCCAGGAGCUCUACGUGUUCGGCGGAGUCAGAAGCCAAGAGAGCGAGAACCCCGAGCAGAGACAGAUGAUGACCUGCAAGUCUGAGUUCUACCACGACGAGAUGAGAAGGUGGAUGUUCCUAGACGACCAGAACCUGUGCAUCCCGGCCAGCUCGUCCUUCGUCUACGGCGCCGUUCCGAUCGGGGCCAGCGUCUACGUGGUGGGAGACCUGGACACGGGAACGAGCUUCGACUACGUCCGAGAGUUUCGGCGCAGCACGGGGACGUGGCACCGGACCAGGCCCAUGUUAGCCACGGAUCUCUCCAAAACGGCCUGCGCCGCCCUGCGCAUCGCCAACUGUCGCCUGUUCCGCCUGCAGCUGAACCAGGGCAUGUUCCAAGUCAGGCUGUCGGCAACCUGAUUGGGUCGGCACCCCGGGUCAGCAGCCUCCGCGUCCUCGGCUCACUGCUGCCCCCUACCUCCAGAUCGGGGUUGGGCCGUGCAACGACACUUUUAUUCUGUAGAUUUGGGGGGAUUGUUGAUCUGUACUGUUGACCGGAGGGUGGGGGGGUACUCAUCAAAAGAUGUUUUUCAUGGUAAAGGGUUUUUUUUUUUUUUUUUUGGUAGGAAUUUUCAAAUAUUUUCUAUUUAACUGGGGACGUAAACCUUCUGUUUUUCUUUUAAAGGUCAUUUGUUUUAUGUUUAGUGAUGGCUGGCGGAGAGAUUGAACACUAAUAUAAUCUAUGAAAUUUUGAUGCACGCUUAAUGUAGAGGACAUCCGUUAGAACUGUGUCCUGCAGCGCAGUAUGUCUUUUAUGAUUUAAGCGAUAUUCCUAAAACUAUCUCCUCAUAUUUGAUGAUUAAGUUUAAUAAUCGCACACACGGUAAGAUUUGCUCUGGUUGUGGCUAAUUUCAGGAUUCUAGCUGGGACAGCUUUAUAAAAGCUUGUUAAAGCAGGAUCUAAGGCAAUUUAAGGACUGUGAUAGUAUUUAUUUUUAUAGAAGACAUUUUUAAUUGAUGCCUUUUAAGCAGCUUCACUCCAAAAGUCCAACCAGAGACGGAGGCCCAAAUAAAGGCUCCAACAAACGGCCACUGGUUGUGUAUCAGAAACAUGCUUGACCCGUGAGUGUCGGACCCGAUUGUGGCCACACACGUACAUUUUUAUGCAUCUACAGAAUUUUAGAAAGGAGAUCUGAAAUAUUAAAUGGUGUUUUCUCUUCACUUAGGGACAAAUUAACAACAAACUGUAAGUCGUACAGCAGCAGCAGACACACUUUAGACAAAAACACCUACGUUUCCAUGUAUAAACAGCAGACAAUCAAAUACAUACUGAAUAUUAUGCAGGGUCAGACUUCAGCCUGGCCUGAUUUUAACAAGUAAAAACUUGUCUUUUUUUAAAUAAUUAUGCAGCUUUUUAGUCUCUAAUCUAUUUUCUUUCUCGUCUGAGCUGCUGCUUUUGAACAGUUUUGUGAUUUAAGCACCAAUCUUUAUUGUACCGGUUAAAUUUAACAAAGGAUUAAAUUAAAAUCUGCAGAAAGAUGCUAGUUGCUUGAAAUAAAUCUAGAAAUUGGAGUCCUGUAGGAAAGACAUUGAUUCGUAGAAUAUAGUAGUAAAAAAAAAUAGUAACUGUAGUGAUUUCCGUUUUUAAUGAGAAAGUUGAGCAAAUAUGAACAACAGUUUCUCCACAUAUUGCAUCAGGAUAAUUAUCCGAUUGUGGUGCAGAUGGAGGGUGAUGUUUAUUUCGUGCUUUAGCGCGUUGUCUCUGUUGAUCUUUCAGAGUCGGCGCGUCGGGAACAUGUUUGGUUAGUUUAACCUGCUGGUUUCUCUGGAGGCUCCCGGAACUUGUUCCUGCGGGAGGAAAUCAGUUCCUGGAAACUGGAAACGAGUUCGGAGAGCCUCCCACCGUCUUCGCUGUGGAAAUGAAUGGGUGCGGAACAAAAACAGCUGACAUAGCGGUCCAAAUGUUUAGAAUAUCCUUUAACAGGGAAGGAAAUGUUUCGUUUUUAACAAAAUGCUGCUGAGAAAAGGGAAUUUCGUUUUUAAAAAACGCACGAGAAAUGAAUAAUUUUUCUGUGGCGUAACAGUGGCCGAGUAUAAAGGAGCUCCUCAUGACUGUGUGCACACAUUCCAGCGUUUACAGUAAAUACUGCUCUGCAUCACUGUUGUCUAAACAGCGUCUCACUCGUUGGCACCUUGUGACUGUCUGUGAGGAAACUGUGGAAACCUGAAAGCCACUGAGCUGCUGUGGGAUUGCUUCAGUCCUGCAGAGGAAGUUUUGUCACAAUCUGCUUUUGUUUCAUUGACGUCAGAGGAUUAAAUUCACAAAGUAAAAA